AUGACGGGAAUUUUUGCACAUCUUUCGCCCGGGUUGGAGACGGGUCCAGCGGAAAAGCCGCCACCACCAGAUGCGAAUGUGGUGGACGUACCGGUACUCGGUUCGACGGAGAGAACCAGCGCCCCGGGUCGCUCUAACUGUUUGCGUGCGGCCUAUACGGAUCUGCGCAAUAUGAACCGUGGUGCCAUCCGGAACCGCUUGCGGCUGGUGCAGCUGCUACUGUCGAUCGGUGCGUUGAGCCUAAUCCGGCCGCAGUACAACGAUGUGUUCCAGUGGACGACUCUGAUUGUGCUGUGCCACUCGUUCGUGAUUUCGUUCGUGCUGUUCUGGGACCGGCGGUGCAGCGGAACCAUUGUCCGCAACCUGCUGCCACUGCUUAACUGGCGCCGGCUGGAACUGCAAUAUACCGCCGGUGUGACGCUGGUGCUGUACGUGCUCUCGUACACACUCAUAUUUGCCCACAAAGGCUACCGUGGGACCGUGGCGUGCAACUGGAUAUCCACCGUACUGUCAAUGUUGACCGCGCUGGUGUACGGUGGCGAAACCUGGGUACAGCUCCGUGACAUCUACGAUGGCCGCUCUAAUCUACCAUAG